AUGCAGUAUUUAGGUAAAAUAGAACUGAAGCUGUGUGAAAUAAGAAUGAAUCGUAUCCAUGACCAAAAAUCGAUCAACUAUAGUGAUCAUGUUGGAGUUUACGCCGAAUUUUCCUUAUCAGAGCAGCAUGACGAAAUUACCAAGGGUCUAUCACUAACUCCACCGAAUUUGUUGAAAAAAGUUAUCGAAACUCAACAGGAAGGAAUAACUCGUGUCAGUCGGGAUCGUUUCAUUUUCCUUAGCUUAGUUGUUAUCCUUAUUGGAUUUAUUCUGGCCACUUUUUUUGCUGAGCAGCAUAUUUCUGGUGUUAAAACAGCGACACUAAUACUUCGAUUUCUCCUCACAUUAUUGAUGGGAUUUUGCUUGUGGCAUGGUUUAAUUGGCUUAACAUUGGAACACAAAGCAUUGAAAGCAUCGAAAGCAUCAGUAUCUAUGCUGUUAAAUGAAUAG